GAUUCGGGCAUCGGGACUGCCGCCUCUCCACGUCCCGGGUCGCCCUCGCGGCGCUGGGGAACCGGCUUGGCCAUGGCCGCCCGGAGGGACUCCGUGUGGAAGUACUGCUGGGGAGUUUUGAUGGUUUUAUGCAGAACUGCCAUCUCCAGAUCGAUAGUUUUAGAGCCUAUCUAUUGGAAUUCCUCGAACUCCAAAUUUCUACCUGGACAAGGACUGGUACUAUACCCACAGAUAGGAGACAAAUUGGAUAUUAUUUGCCCCAAGGUGGACUCUAAAACUGUUGGCCAGUAUGAAUAUUAUAAAGUUUAUAUGGUUGAUAAGGACCAAGCAGACAGGUGCAGCAUUAAGAAAGAGAACACCCCUCUGCUCAACUGUGCCCGCCCAGACCAAGACGUGAAGUUCACCAUCAAGUUUCAAGAGUUCAGCCCGAAUCUCUGGGGUCUAGAAUUUCAGAAGAACAAAGAUUACUACAUCAUAUCUACAUCAAAUGGGUCUUUGGAGGGCCUGGAUAACCAGGAGGGAGGGGUGUGCCAGACACGAGCCAUGAAGAUCCUCAUGAAAGUUGGACAAGACGCAGACUCUUCCGGAUCGCCCAGGAGUCAGGAUCCAACAAGACGCCCCGAGCUGGAGGCUGGUACCAAUGGGAGAAGCUCGACGACCAGUCCCUUUGUGAAACCAAAUCCAGGUUCCAGCACAGACGGCAAUAGCGCCGGGCAUUCUGGAAACAACCUCCUGGGUUCUGAAGUGGCCUUAUUCGCAGGGAUCGCGUCGGGAUGCAUCAUCUUCAUCGUCAUCAUCAUCACCCUCGUGGUGCUCCUCCUCAAGUACCGCCGGAGGCACCGCAAGCACUCGCCCCAGCACACCGCCACGCUGUCGCUCAGCACGCUGGCCACGCCCAAGCGCAGCGGCAACAACAACGGCUCGGAGCCCAGUGACAUUAUCAUCCCGCUGAGGACUGCUGACAGCGUCUUCUGCCCACACUACGAGAAGGUCAGCGGGGACUAUGGGCACCCGGUGUACAUCGUGCAGGAGAUGCCCCCGCAGAGCCCCGCCAACAUUUACUAUAAGGUCUGAGGCCCAGGACCCGUGCGUGCCUCGCCAGGGAACUGGCCGCGCCUUGUCGCCUAGUGCUCCGGGACUGCCUGAGCCUGUCCACGGGGCGGGGACGCCUCCUGGAGGAGCCCGGGGCUGGACAGCUUUCUAGCCUGUAGCAUUUCGGCCGCGGUGACCACAGACCCUUCCCGGAAGCUGGAAGAUCCCCCUUCGGACUGCCGCGCCCCUGUGUGACCUCCAAGCCAUGCACCAGCCACUCAGGCCUCUGUAGAGCCCGAGGAGGACCCGGUGGGCUACGGACGGAGUGAGAGCACCCUAGGGGCAAGCCGGGCCUCUGCCUCCAUGCCUCCCACCGCGCACACGGAACUUGUCAUUCGGACCUCGGGCUCAAGUUUGCAAGACCUCUAGCUUAGUGAUCACUGCCUCGUUCCCGUUGUCAGGGCUCUGCAGCACCUCCCGAGACCCCACACCCCACAUCCUGUUCCACUAAGGGGUGCUCGCACUUGUCCCCCACUCCACCAUUGGCACCAAGAGCUCGGGUUGGGUGGCUGUUGGGUACAGAGCCCUGCCUGGUUGGAACCUCUAGCCAGCCGGGCUGUCAGCCAGGAAGCUGGACAGGUGUGGAGGGCAGGAAAGGGCCAGCUGCCACCACGGGUCACUGCGGUCCUGGGAGUGAGGUGGGGGGGGCCGGCAGACACACACCAGAGGCGGGUGGGGGGAGAUGCGCCCGGGGCAGCCUGCAGGGUGCAGGGAGGAGCUCCCUGUCGUCAGAGAGCACCGUACAGGAACCGAGUCCGCUCCUGCCGCCUGACGGGCGGGCAGCCGGGCUGCGGAGGGAGAGGCGGCGCGGGGUGUCCUGGGGCGGGCCUGUGGCGGUACUGGCAAUAAGACGCGCAGCCCAGAAGCUGUAGGAGAGUCGUCUGCUUUGGUGGCGUUGAAGCAGACUCCGCUGCUAUACUUCACACGUUCUUACACACAGGGAAAGCAUUUAGGAGAACAGCAGAGAGCCAAAUCUGGCCUAAAGUGGAAAAGCCAAAGGUCAAAAGGCUGUCGUUCCAUCCUCACUGACAUUACUGAAGAACUGUCAUAUAUGAAAGUUGGGUCAGAUUCCCCAAUCUCCCAGUGCCCCUGUCCCCCCAUCCCCAAUUGAGCCUUAUGACACUGUGGUUUCUGGUUUCUAGUGGUGCUGUCCCAGCUGCAAGGCUGUGGGAGGCACUGGGGGCCGCGGGCUCCGUGUCCAAGCGAAGCACAUGGGCAGAGAGGUCUCUUGAGUCCUUAGGAUGGAAGGAAGUCACGGUGGCCAGGGGAGAAGGAAGCUAGGAUGUAUUUAUAAUGGGUGUAUAGAACACAGGGAUAUAAAAUGAAAGAUUUUUACUAAUAUAUAUUUUAAGGUUGCACACAAUACACACCAGAAGAUGUGAAACACAUUUGUUGUGGCAAUUAAGUGAUCCUGACACUCAGUGCUUUAAAAAAAUAAAAAUAAAAAGUUAAGACAGCUACUGGGAGAAAUAAUAUUAUUCCAAAAAACAUGAUGAUAAUGAGAGCAAAUUACAAAAAUACAAACGUCCUUUGAUGGCAUCUCGUGGAACUGUAGACUAGGAAACACAAGCCCACACACCAGGACAUCCGUGUGACCACAUCCUAUGCGAACAAACCAUGACAGAUGCCCCAGUGCUCACUUUCUGCGUGGGCUUGCUCUUGUCCUGCGGUGGUGUGUUCUCCAGAACUGAGCCGGCAGCCUGAGGGUCAGCUGGAAGCUUAGCUGUGGCUCCCUUCUUCUCUCCCCCGGCCCCUCAAGCCCCAGCCCUGACAGAAACAUGAAGAGUAAACAGGAACCUACUUUUUUAUGUGCUAUGCAAAAUAGACGUCUUAAACAGAGUCCUGUUACUAUGGUAACACUUUGCUUUCUGAAUUGGGUGGAAAAAAUUGUAAUGACAGCGUUUGAAGGUUCUCAGAUCUGCAGUGAGUACCUGCAAAAAUGAGUUGUCACUGAAAAGAUUAGUCCCUAAUUCCUGAACCUGAAAAUGAUGUUGGUCCAAAGUGUGUGUGUGCGUGCGUGUGUGUGUGUGUUUGCGUGCAUGUGUGUUAUACAUGUGUACAUAUAUGUAUAAUAUAUAUCUCCAAUAUAUAUUAUAUAUAUCAUAUUUCUGUGGAGGGUUGCUAUGGUGACCAGCCACAGUACAUAUGUAAUUUUUUCCAUCACCCCAACCUCUCCUUUCUGUGCAUUCAUACAAGAUGUUCUUGUAAGCCAUCAGAAGUCAUUGAUAGAAUGGGGGAGAGGGCCGAGGAGGGGAACGUGGGAAACUGUCUGAUUUUAUGAGAGCAAAUGCGUGUGUCAUCAUUUGGCUGCAUUUCGGUUAUAUACUAAACUGUGAAAAGUCAGAUGAAUUGAUGGUUACCUGCAACCAGUGGAAGUGUUCUGUGAGUCUGUUUUGUGUCUGGUGCAGAAAAUGACAAUCUACCAACUGUCCCCUUCUUUGGAGUUGGUUCAGCUUUGGAAAGUUACUGUAAAUGCCUUGCUUGUAUCACCGUCCCUAGUCGCCCGACUUUGGAACUUGCACCACCAUGUUUAAGUGAAGACGCUGUAAAUAGGCUCAGAUUUUACUGUCUAUGGAUUCGGGGUGUUACAGUAGCCUUAUUCACCUUUUUAAUAAAAAAGUACACAUGAAAACAAGACAGAAAUGGCUUUUAUUAUCUAGAUUGUGUACAUAGAGCAAUGUUGGUUUUUUAUAAAGUCUAAGCGAGAUGUUUUGUAUAAAAUCUGAAUUUUGCAAUGUAUUUAGCUACAGCCUGUUUAACGGCAGUGUCCUUCCCCUUUGCACUGUAAUGAGGAAAACAACGCUAUAAAAGGUGCCAGAUUGCUGCAUAUUUGUGCCGUAAUUAUGUACCAUGAAUAUUUAUUUAAAAUUCGUUGUCCGAUUUGUAAGUAACACAGUAUUAUGCUUGAGUUAUAAAUAUUUUUUCUUUGUUUUAUUUUCAUAGCCUGUCAUAGGUUUUAAAUCUGCUUCAGUUCCAUAUCACAGUUAGCCCCAGAAAAUGAGAUCCGAGCAGUCACAUUCCAUGUCGGUUUCAAACUGAAUUUGUUCUUAAAAAAAUAAAAUAAUUUUUUCCUAUGGAAAAA